AAAGAACUGUUGUUGGUGACUGACGUUUCGACUAUCUGUAUCGUUAACGUUAAAGACAAAGACGAACCCAACAACAGACAGGGAGCGAUUUAUAAGAUCGAAUGCUCCGACUGCCAGGCCUCCUACAUUGGUGAGACUGGUAGAAACCUUAACACGCGACUAACUGAACACAAACGAGCAACUAGAAAUGGCGAUGCAAACAAUCACAUUUCUGAACAUCACCGACAAACUAAUCACAGAAUCGACUGGGACUCUGCUAAAUGCUUAACCUACAGUACAAACUAUUUUCAACGACUGACUCUGGAAAGCUGGUUCACUAACUUAGAACAGACGCCUCUCAACAGAUGUCAACAAUUACCAGCACCUUACAAACGACUCAUUAACGACGUGAACAAACCGACAAACAGACCGACAAACAACAGACGGAUCGAAACCGACCAAUGACUGUUAACAACUCUACACGAGUCUUCCAGCCAAUCACAUCACGGCUAAACAGACCAAUCACGUUCAACAGACCAGACCUUAUAACAUCAUCGACUGACAACUACUCCUCACUUGACUCUGAAGAUGACUAUCGCACAGAUAGUCGAAACGUCAGUCACCAACAACAGUUCUUUUCAGAACUACACACACCCGGACGAUCACACUACACAAACUAGGAAAGUAAUUGAAAAAGAUGAAAAUUCUGGGAAGGAAGCUUUUUGCAAACAAGGUCUAGUAAUUGAACUGGGUGAUAGCCAACAGCGUACUGGAAACCGAUGCCUUGAAGACCAAUUUUCGCCUGGUUGUCAGCAGUAAAUUUCCAAAUCGGACAUGGUUUAUCCAUUUCGGCUGUCACGGGGUAAUACCCUUUUCUUAGAAUGCAUGCCAUAUGCUUUUUUUUUCGCAAUUUGGUAUGCGGCGAAGCAGAAGGUCAUGAUCACCUUAAACUACAACGUGAAGCAUUGGGCCUGGGCCUUCACAGUCAUUGAUAGGAGCUCUCUUGACGAGCUCGAAAUAUUAUCAAGUAGCAGUGACCUGAAUGUUAAACACCAGCUUGCAUUGUAUGUAACUCACUACUUCUCUUGAGCAGUCGACUGUUCAUCACCAUCUGUUAUUUCACCGUCAGCUACAAGUGGUGGGUUAUUGAUGUUUUAAUGUUUCAUUCUUGUGCGGUAGCAAUAGCGACUGUUAUUCAAAAUAGAGAAGAAGUUGACAGCGAUGCUUCCCACGUUUUCUUAAUAUUCAUGUUUAUGGGCAUUCACUGUCUAUGAGAAGACUUUUUAGAAUUAUCGAUAAAUGUAAACGCAAUUAGUCUAACAUAAGUGUGUAUUUCUCACAUGUUUUGUUUGUAUUAGAAAACUCCUCUAUGAUUCUCAUACUUAAUAUUACUUAUCAUCCCAACGCUUGGUACUCUUCACCUGUCACUGUCACAUUUGAACUUAAAUGUUGUCGAAUAGUUACAAUUUAUCGAGUGAUAUUGACAUUAAACAUGUUAGUAAGGUAAAUUGCUCAAAUGUAAGGAAUAUGGUGCUUUGCCUCAACGUAUGCGGCGAAGAAGAGGUCAUGAUCACCUUGAACAACCCUGGUGACAACGUGAGGCAUUGCGUGAGUACCGCACUAAAAUGUUUUAUGUUCUGACUGACAGAAUUUGAGCGGUAAGGUCAGUUUACUGGAUUGAAUUUGUCAUUCGUUUGUACCUAAUUUUCCAUAUGUGUCAGUUUUACUUGGAAAAACAGUUGAAUAUCCCGCACAGCUUAAUUAAGCAUGUACCAGGCGGUUGUUUGAAAGCUAAUUGCAAUUACUUACCGUAAAAUUACUAUGGUAUUCACCUGAAUAUACUUAUGAGGACUUUUUAGACUCGGAAGUUUUGAUUUUAUCAGGGACAUUCUAGCUCUCCCAGAUUGUGUUAGAAAAAUAAUCUGAGAACCAAUCAGUUUUCAAUAUCUCGUGUAUUAAACUGAAAUUGAUACAGACGGCAAACCUCAUUCCUUGACUGUUAAUGCGAAACCAUACUAAACCAAGGAAUCUUUGCAUUUUUUUAGUCGAAAGCUGAGCGCAAGAGCCUCUGACCAACAGAGCAGCAAUCUAUUUCAGUAACUGAGCCUGUGUCGAUAAGAGCCGUUCUGCUGGGCGAACAAACGAGUACUACGUCGAUAUGGAAGUGAAAGAUCUUAAGUGGUACAGUCCUUUCGUGUACUUUGUUGGAGCUAUUUUAAGUUUUGCUGAUCCCAUCACCGACAUACUCACACUGGUGGAAUUCUACCGCGGGGGUCACAAAACAUGGUUUGGUGUGGGGCUAACUUUUGUUUUAUUGCCAUGUUUGGCGUUUCCAGUAUUGUUCGUCCGGCUGCGUGCCCAAUUGACUGCUUCACCUUCUAAUUGGGCAAAAACUGCUCUGUGUGCAUUGCAUCCAUUUUCAGCAGCCUUCGCGAGAGUAGAAGCUUUUCUUUUCUGUCUCAAGAAAUGGUGGUCUGGAGGUGAAAUCAACCCGGUCCGCUCCGUAAAAGCUGACAAUGUACUCUAUUACAUUGACUUUGUUGUGCUCUUUGAGGCAGUCCUUGAGUCCGCUCCACAUUUUAUAAUUCAGUUGUACGCCAUCAGUGUUCAGGAGGAACCAGCUGCAAUUAUCCAAAUCAUUUCUCUACCGAUCUCUUUCCUCACUCUGGCAUGGGCCUUCACAGCCACCGAUAGGAGGUCUCUUGCCAUGCGCAAAAUAAUAUCCAGGAGCGGUGACCUGAAUGUUAAACACCAACUGGCAUUGUAUGUAACUCACCUACUUCUCCUGAGCAGUCGACUGUUCGCCAUCUGUUAUUUCACCGUCAGCUACAAGUGGUGGGUUAUUGCUGUGUUAAUGUUUCAUUCUUGUGUGGUAUUAAUGGCGAAGUUUAUUCAGAAUAGAGACAAACUUGAAUGUUAUGCCUGCUGCGUUUUCUCAACUAUAUUUUUCAUGGGCAUUCACUGUCUAAGAGACGACUUUGUAGAAUUUUCGUCAAAAGUAGAAGUAAUUGGUCCAACCUUGAUUGUGUUUUUGUCACAUAUUUUGUUUGUAUCAGAAAACCUCUUUAUGAUCCUGAUGUUUUUUCUCUCUCAUCAUUCCAACGCUUGGUACUCUUUACCAGUUACUGUUUGUGUUAGUGUGUUCAGUGUUCUUGGCUCCACAAUGAGAAUUUGCUUACUUCGUUGGCUAAGCAAGAAACCUGCCGGCGGUUCACCAGCUGCAAGCAGCGGUGAUGUGAAUGCAUGUGUUGCGAAGUAUUUUGUUAGUUCAGUAUAAUCAAGUCAUUCGCUUGUAUUUAGUCUGUAGCUACUAUUUGAAUUCGAAGUCCGAAGUUAGGUUUAAGCUAUCAAGAUGAGUUUCGAAGUUGUGACUAUCUUGUUUAACUUCCAUCACUAAACGUGCGUAGUUGGACUACUGGCCUUGGGAGGCUAUUUUUCAUUCCAUUCCACCAUCCCGCUACAAUGAAAAUUUUCAUCGCGAUCUUGCCUGGUUAAACCUAAGUUGUAUUAGCACACCGCCUUAUUGAACUAGUGAUUGAUAAAUUAAUUAUAAAGCUUUUACAAUACUGACCAUGUCCUCUCAUUAUGGACAAAGGCAAAUACUUGCUUAAGGCAUAUUUAGCCGGCGUACAAGACGGUUGUUCCUCGGUGUGUUUAUCGUAUUUAUAAGUGAAACACUAAAUCUGCAUCUACAGACGGACCAACCAAAAAGAGCACAUGUUGUGGUUUACAAGGUCAAAGAUCGAUUCUGUUUAUCGAAAGUAUUAAGUGUGUUUUUUUUUUUCAUUUUAUGAGAUUCUUAUAAACGAGUUUGGGUCAGCGUUCUGACGACGAAUGUUUAAUCUUCCAAGGCCAGUUGGCCAGCAUGCGCGCUCAUGCCCACCGAUAGCAAAUAUAUAAGCAUGUACUUUAGAAUUUACUUCGCCAAGGUCAUUGAGUCAGUAGUUAGUGAUCAGUGAGAAGUCGAAGAGUGAGAAUCAAAUUGUAAGUCUGUGUAUUGACACAGGUUUAGUUACUGAAAUAGAUUGCUGCACUGUUAGUCAGAGGCUUUUGCGCUCAGCUUUCAGUAGCAGUGACCUAAAUGCUAAACCGUCACCAAGUAGCACUGUAUGUAACUCAUUUACUUGUCCUGAGCAGUCGACUGUUCGCCAUCUGUUAUUUCACUGACAGCUACAAGUGGUGGGUUAUUGCGGUGUUAAUGUUUCAUUCUUGUGUGGUAGUAAUAGCGACUGUUAUUCAGAAUAGAGACAAAGUUGACUGUGAUGCCUCUAAUGUUUCCUUAGCUAUAUUGUUUAUGGGCAUUCACUGUCUAAGAGAAUACGACUUAGUAGAAUUAUCGAUAAGUGUAGAAGAAAUUGGUCACCAUGAGACCACCAUGAGAGUGUUUUCCUCACAUAUUUUGUUUGUAUUAGAAAACUUUUUAUGAUCGUAAUGCUUUAUUUCACUUAUCACCCCAAUACAGUUGGUACUCUUUACCUGUGUGUGUGUGCGUUUGUGUGUUCAGUGUUCUUGGCUCUACAAUGAGGAUUUGUUUACUCUUUCGGCGAAGAGGGAAAACUAUCGCCGUUUCGCCAGUGGCGAACAGCAGUGAUAUGACUAUAGAAGCAGAUUUAAAACAAUAGAAUGUCACCUCAUUUUGUCGUAAAUUAAACAAGCGCUAAAACGGCGACGAUGUAAGUUGAUACACAGUAGAUGUUUAUUCAUGAGUAAUUGUAAUGGCAAAAGGAGUAAAAUAAACACGUAACAAGUAGCGAAUAGUGGAUGGAUAAAAUAGAGUGCUACGUACUUAAUACAAUAUUCAGUUUUAGUUUGGAGUGAAUGGUUUAGAAGUCUGACACUUUUUACGAACUUUCCAUAAUGACUUAAAGAUUUUUGCUGAUGUUGAUCUAGAUUUGUUCCCUUCCUCAUACUUAGCCAGAUAUUAACUUGUGUUUGGCUUCGGUGUCCCUUUAAAUUGUGUUACUUCCUGCAGGAUUCAUUUGGGUUUAAAGCUCUGUAGGAGGCGUCAUUUUGUAAAAUGAAGAGUUGGAAUAAAAGUUAGC